CUGGCUGCCGGGCGCGACUCUCGGGCCACCUCCGGCCGCGGCCCCGGAGCGUGUGUCGGAAAGGAAGCGGCGCUCGGCCGCCGGCGGGGUGUUGUGCAUUGAGCGCUGCUGGAAAAGCACGGUCUCCCUCUCCAGGCCUCCGAGUUAGCUCGUGGGGAGAAUGCAGCGAUCUUGGAAGGAGACAUUGCCGUGGCUCGCUGGGCAGCCAGAUGAUAUCAUCAAGUUGAAUCGAAAGGAAGGGAAGAAGCAGAAUUUUCCAAGACUAAAUAGAAGACUCCUCCAGCAAAGUGGUGCCCGGCAAUUCAGGAUGAGAGUACGAUGGGGAAUCCAACAGAAUUCUGGUUUUGGUAAGACUAGUCUGAAUCGUAGAGGAAGAGUCAUGCCUGGAAAGAGACGUCCUAAUGGAGUUAUCACUGGCCUCGCAGCUAGGAAAACAACUGGAAUUCGAAAAGGAAUUAGUCCUAUGAAUCGUCCACCUCUAAGUGACAAGAAUAUAGAACAAUAUUUUCCAGUGUUAAAAAGGAAGGCAAACCUUCUGAGACAAAAUGAAGGGCAGAGGAAACCAGUGGCAGUUCUCAAGAGACCUAACCAGCUAAACAGAAAAAAUAACAUUCCAGCUAAUUUUACCAGGAGUGGAAAUAAAUUAAAUCAUCAGAAAGAUACUCGUCAGGCAACUUUUCUUUUCAGAAGAGGCCUGAAGGUUCAGGCCCAGUUGAAUACAGAACAACUGCUAGACGAUGUAGUAGCAAAGAGAACUCGUCAAUGGCGGACUUCCACCACAAAUGGAGGGAUUUUGACUGUAUCUAUUGACAAUCCUGGAGCAGUUCAAUGCCCAGUAACUCAGAAACCACGAUUAACUCGCACUGCUGCACCUUCAUUUUUAACAAAGCGGGAGCAAAGUGACGCCCGGAAAGUUCCUAAAGGUGUUCCCCUACAGUUUGACAUAAACAGCGUCGGAAAACAGACAGGGAUGACGUUGAACGAGCGGUUUGGGAUCCUGAAGGAACAAAGAGCCACUCUCACAUACAACAAAGGGGGAAGCCGCUUUGUAACCGUGGGAUAGGUCCCAUGUCAAAGGAACUUUUGAGAGAUGACUCUGAAAAGUUGAAUUGCUUGAAGAGUUCAUCACAGAAAUUCAAGAAACUUUACUUCAAAAUAUUCACAAGGCUAAAUAACUCUUAUUUUUAUUUUUGAAGUUUUUUUUUUUAACGUAUAAAAUAAUGCCCUGAAAGAAUAAUAGGGAUUAUACCUAUCUGUUCUUGAAGAUUUCAUGGUUGGCUCAGACAGAACAAUCAUCUGUUUGACUUCUUUGGUUCCUCAUGCAGCAGAAGGAAGACAGAAAGAUAGAAAUUGAUUUUUUUAUGAUAGUGGUAUUCAGGAUCUCAUCACCUUUGCCCAUAUUUUAGACUUCGUCAUGGUAAAUCUUGGUCUUCAGAAACAUGAGUAGGUCCCUUUGUUGCUGUCACUUACCCUUUAAUAGUGUUGAUGUAGUCAGUACAGUUGCCUUUUCUUCAUUAGAGAUACAAAAAAAAUGUAUUAGAAUUCCAGUUUUGGGUUUUAAGAUUUAUGGGAAUAUCUAGAACUUGGUUCAUUUUUCAGACAGUGUAAUCCCCUGGAAUUAUACAGCUUUAGUGCUGAACUUUUAACAAGAAAUGUGACUCUAGGUACUAGUCUCAGUUUAAAAUGUUGGUGUUAAAGGCUAUAAAUGCAUAUUUACAAGGUUAUCUGAUAGGGCCUUGGAGGAGAAGAUCCAGUUUUUAAAAAAUGACAGUUUGUGUUUAAUAAACGAAGGCAUGAGAGGAAGUAAGUAGCAAGUUGAAGGACAGGUAGUUGAGAUGAAAAACUUCAAAACCCAGUAUAGGUGUACUGUUUGGAUUUAGCAUAGUCUUGAGUCUAGUGUCCACAAAGUAUUCAAAUGAUAUUUAGAAGAAUUAUAACUAUUACAUUGAAUUGAGUCCCUUGGAUAUUUUGAUAGUAAAAUUAAUAGCCAUAAAGUCUUAGACUUCUUAUUUGAAGUUAACAUUUCUUAUUUGAAAAGUUGAAAUUUAUGAGCUUUGAAGAUUGCAAAAUUAAAUAAUUUAUAGCUCCAAAAACAAAAAUAUACUUGUAUAUGUCACAGAAAAAAUGCAAAAUUUAUAAUAGAGUUACAUUAACCUUGUUGUUUACCUUUCACUGAUUUCUUACAUGGUAUAAAUUAAAGUUCAGGCAUUUAUGGGGAGCAAAGGCCCUCCCCCACCACCCCGCCACCUGCCACCUCUGAGGGAGUGGGAGAAGUGAGUCUGUGCCAAGAUAGUACUGAGUCCUCAGAUGUUGUAUACUGUAAAUUACGGUAUAAUGCCAAAUGCAGCAAAAUCUUCCAGCUAUACCUUACAAGUUUGGUCAUUUUGAAGCUUGACGUUUUAGUUUGCCAUUAUGUUAAAAACAUCUAAAUAGGUGUUAGUUUCUCAGGAGUAGAUUGUUAGUGUUGACUUUUCCUGUAAAACAAACAUCGUUCUUGGCCUGCCUUGCAUUGUAUACUAGACUUCAUUGUUGCCUCUCAUGCUUCUUGAGUUACUUAAUGAUUUAUGCUAGCCAUGGAAAGCUAUCAGUAACAGUUUUCACGCUUAUACCAAAGAAUUAAAUCUGAUCCUUAAUAUCUGAUAUUUUGCUGGUAUUUGUACUGAUAAGUGAUUAUUGGAAGUCAGUCACAGAAUUUGAAAAUAAAUUCUAGUCUCUCCUUAGCUAUUUGAUGCUUUUCAUAUAGGCCAAGAACCCAUUGCAAAACAUUUUUGCAAGUAUGAAUGCCUGUAUUUGGUCUAGGAACAGUACAUUUUAGUCUGAUUUAGAAUUACUGGUAGCUUAUUUUAAAGCAAGGAAAAGCAGCUGAGCUCGAGUUUGCUGUCUUUAGAACGGUUUGUGAAAAUAUGGUAUAAAAGUGUUUUCAUUUUCCUGUUCUUACCUAUUGUAUAGAGCUAUUAAUGCCAUUUUUUGGGAAAACCUUAAAAAUUGCCCCAAAUACUGACAUUGAGUGCAUCAAAUAACAAAUUGUCUUUGGUAUAUUAAACUUUUAUUCUUCAUGCAUCUGUAAUUUAAUUUUAAGUAUAAUGUUUUGCCUUUGGUACAACUAAAUUAAAACUCUUGGUGGUCACAUGUAUAUAAACAAAACAAUAUGCUUUGUUGAAGGAAAAUUUUCUUUAUUGGAAUGUGGUUGUAAUCCUUGUUCAGUUCUUAAGUUUUGGUUUUUUUAAAAAACAGGAUGCAACUUAAAAUUUUCUUUGCAUCAAGGUAUAUGCAAAACAUUGAUGCAGUGCAUCACAAAACGGAAGUUUGUAUUUAAUGAGGAGGUGCUUUACACUGUACUUUUUGGUGUUUUUUGGAAAAGUUACAUUUAGAUCUAUUCUGAAGCUGUUCAUUUUUAACAAAUAAAAUGUUACAGGUUUCACAUGAUUUAUUCUUAGCUCUAAAGAUUGAGUUGUGGUUUUUAGAUUAUUCUAUGUUAUGAAGAACUUUGUAGUGGUUAUUUGUAGUUUUUAGGGUGUGAAACGUUAUCUACUAGCAAAAUUGGUAACUCACUCUAGUCUCUCCUAUUAGCAUCCGUCUCUCUUUUGAUGAUUUCAUUUGUAGCUCCAACAAAUGAAUCUAAAAAAUAGAAUCCAGGCUGGGUAGGGUGGCUCAUGCCUGUAAUCCCAGAACUUUGGGAGGCCAAGGCAGGUAGAUCACGAAGUCAGGAGCAAGACCAGCUGGCCAACACAGUGAAACCCUAUCUUUACUAAAAAUACAAACAUCAGCCAGGUGUGGUGGCAUGUGCCUGUGGUACCAGCUACUUAGGAGGCUGAGGCGGGAGUUUUGCUUGAACCCAGGAAGCAGAGAUUGCAGUGAGCCGAGACCAUGCCAUUGCACUCCAGCCUGGGUGACAGAGUGAGACUCUGUCUCAAAAAAAAAAAAAAGAAAAGAAUCCAAUAUACUUUGCAAUGCAGAAUACUGGAUUACCGCUCCUUUUACAUCUUAAUAAAGUGAGUGCCAGUGUUUUUAA